AUGAUUUCCCUGUCCCUCCGCUCGCUUCUAUCCAAACCCAAGGCUGAAAGGGACACAGAAUGGAUCGCUGGCGCCCUGCUCUGCACCUGGGCUGCAGCUGUCAUCCUGGUUAUCAAUAUCAUUCUGACAAUCAUCGCGGCUGGCUUUGGAUACUCUCGUCGAGACGGUGGCGGCAAGUUUGACAGCGUCGAGCUGUAUGCAGGCAGCUGUACCGUCACCACGGGCUGGACAAAUGGCCUGCACAUCGUCAUUAACGUCUUGAGCACGAUUCUGCUCGCUCUGAGCAACUAUACGAUGCAGUGUCUGGCGGCGCCCUCACGCGCUGAUAUCGACCACGCUCACUAUCGUCGACGCUGGCUGGACAUCGGCACCUUCAGUUUCCGCAACUUCUUCGUCAUGGAUACCAGGCGAAAGGUGCUCUGGAUGCUGCUGUUGCUGAGUUCAACCCCAAUCCAUAUGAUAUACAACUCCGUCAUCUUCUCUUCCAUUGUGACGUUCGAUUACGGCAUCCUGUAUAUCCCCGAUGACCUGGCACCGACCGAAUCGCUCAUCCGCAAUGAGACUGAGGCUGCCGCGUUUCAAUUGGUGAUGGGCGUCGAGCCCGCUGUUGUCCAGGCCCAGAUCUUCAAUGGCACCUUCCAAAAUUUGACCAACAAGCAGUGUUAUGACGCAUACAACACCGAGUUCAUCUCUACCAGGGGCAACCUGCUCUUUGUUGCAGACCGCAAAUACUUCCACAAUGUUUCCAGUCUGGUGGCCAAGAUCUCGGACCAAGUUGCUGCGAACCAGUCCACGCCAAUCCAAAAUGAUUCCAUAGCGGAGCUUUAUUAUUAUUAUUCGAUGGGAACAGAUGUGAUCAAUUGGUAUAUAUACAUCAGCGACAUUAGCAUUCCAAUCUCCUAUUGUCUGAGUGAAAAAGUUGACGGAAAAUGCCAGUUGUUCUUCAGCCCAGCCAUCGUGCUGUGUGUCAUCAUCUGCAAUGCCAUCAAAGUGGCCUGCAUGUACCUCACGGCAAAAACAAGUCGCAAGCAGAUCCUGUUCACUGUCGGAGAUGGCAUCGCCUCUUUUCUGACCCAUCCCGAUGAGACCACCAAAGGCCGAUGUCUGCUGUCGCGAGCAGACCUCACCAAUAGCCUAUCGUCCAAAAAAUACACCCGUAUUUCGGCGUCAGACGGUCUGGCCUUGGGUGACCUGAACCAGCCUUUCCAGACACACCCGAUGCUCCUCUCCCGGCCGAAACGAUGGUUCCAGGCCGUGAGCAAAACGCGGUGGGCGGUUGUCAUGAGUUUUUUCCUUGCUUGCCUGGGGGUGUCAAUCUUCCUGUUUGUGAUUUCAAUGGCGAAUGCCAGCGGCGGCGAGGGUUUCAUCUCGCUUGCGGCGGCCUGGGAGAUGGGAUUUGGACAGCCCAGCUCGACGGCGAUGAUCGGCUCGUCAUUCGUUUCGACCAACCUGAUUGCACUUGUGCUGAUUAGCAACACGCCGCAACUGGUCCUCUCCAUCCUGUAUUUCCUCUGUAACAGCCUGCUGACGGCCAUGCUGGUAGCAGCCGAGUUCGACAGCUAUGCCAUCCGGCGGAAGCCCCUGCGAGUGUCCUGGCCCCAGGGGUUGCAGCGGUCGACUUACUAUCUCAGCCUACCCUUCCGGUACAGCGUUCCGCUGCUCAUCGUGUCGGCCGUGAUGCACUGGCUGCUGUCGCAGAGCAUCUUCUUCGUGGAUAUCGUCGAGUACGAGGAUCCCUCCUUGUCCGCGUCGUCCUCCAUCACCCGCGGCGCCUGCUACUCGCCGAUCGCCAUGUUCAUCCUGCUUCUGAUCGCCGGGGUGGAUUUCACGGCCCUCUUCGGGCUGUCGAUCCGCAGGUUCCGCUCCAGCAUCCCGCUGACCAGCCACUGCAGCGCCGCCAUCAGUGCGGCCUGUCACCCGCCUGCAGACGAUGUUGAUGCAGCCGUCAAGGCCGUCAUGUGGGGGGAGAUGGCAUCUGAGACUGACUAUCCGCACUGCACGUUCACGUCGCAGCCAGUGGUGAGUCCAUCUAUAGGUUGUUUAUAUAUAUAA